UCCAACCCCUCGCUGAGGGAAAUCUCUGCGCGGGCGGGCGAAGCGCGGUUAACGGGCCUGAGCUGCGUCGAGGGGAGAAAGUUGAGAACCGUCUCCCUCUCCCGCGCUCCGCCGGUGCCUUGGUCACCGCAGCUGCAGCUGAUCUUUCCCUGCAGCCUGAUGGAGCUAGAGACGGAGAUGGAGACGGAGACGGAGACGAUCCCCAGGAAGAGGAAGGGGACCCCGAACUCGGCCCUGGAAACAGAGCCGGAUCUUGAGAUCAAGGAGCCUAAGGCCAAGAAAGCUCGCUUAUCUUCCAUUUUAUUUGCUGAAAAUGAUGUCAUAACCCCUAAACAGCUGUGUGAGUUGCUGAAGUAUGCAGUUCUGGGUAAAUCCACUCCUGAACCCAGCUGGUGCCAGCUUUUACACCAAAAUCACCUAAACAACGUGGUGGUUUUUAUUCUGAAGGGAAUGAGUCAGCUACACUUCUACAGGUUCUAUUUGGAAUUCAGAUUUCUUCGAAAGACAUUCAGACAUAAAUUCAGCUUGCCUCCUCCGACAUCCCGUUUUCUAUUUAAUAUCGUUGGGCUGCAAAGGAAGAAAUUAGUCAGAGGUUUUCCUAGGACUAUUAAAGGAAGAUCUUUAACUUCUGCCAUUUUAAAGCCCAGCAUCAACCUGCAGAAUGACCCCAUCAUUCAGAAGUAUGGCUGUGAAAAAGUGGGCUUGAUGAGAUGUCUUCUGACAAAAAGGGAAAUGGAAACAUUUCACUUUCCACUCCAAGGUUCUCCUAACUGUGAAAAUUUUAUCCUUACCAAGUGUGAUGGUUUCAUAACAGAUAACAGUCCACUUUUUGGACUUAAUUGUGAAAUGUGCCUUACAUCCAAGGGGAGAGAAUUAACACGCAUCUCAUUGGUUGCUGAAAGAGGCCAUUGCAUUAUGGAUGAACUGGUCAAACCUGACUUCAAGAUUCUGGACUCCUUUACUAGUUUUUCAGGAAUCACGGAGAAGAUUCUUAACCCAGUGCCAACCAAACUCAAAGAUGUACAGACACUCUUAAGACAGCUGCUUCCUCCUGACGCUGUGUUAGUGGGCCAUUUCCUAGACUCGGAUCUCAGAGUUUUAAAAAUGAUACACCCAUAUGUUAUUGAUACCUCGCUGCUUUAUAUCAGGAAACAGCACAGAAGAUUUAAGCUAAGAUUCUUAGCCAAAGUUAUUUUGGGGAAGGAUAUACAGUGUCCAGACAAGCUUGGUCAUGAUACCAUAGAAGAUGCUAGAACAAGUCUUGAAUUAGUUCGGUAUUUUCUUAAGUAUGGGCCAAAGAAGAUUGCAGAGCUCAAUUUGGAGGCACUAGCUAGUCGUGAAGAACUGAAAGCAGCCAGUCAAGAAACAGAAAAGAAGGGAGGACCUACUAAGCCCCCAAAUAUGAGUGUUUUAGAAUGCCUGGACUCGAUGGGUCAGAAACUCCUUUUUUUGACUCGGGAUAUAGAUGAACUUUCUUCUUCUAGAAACUGUCUAACUAUUAAGUGUUCUUCAAAUAAAGAGGUGCUUGAGGAAGCCAAAGUGGAAGUCCCUUUGUUUCCCUUCAGCAUUGUGCAGUUCUCUUUUGAGCCCUUUUCACCCAUCUUUGCUGACGAGGUGAAGCAAAGUAUGAAGACCAAAUGGACAGAGAUGUCAACUGUCUAUGCUGGUCCAUUUGUCAAAAAUUGUAACAUUGGGCCUCUGAAGAAGAUGUUUAAGAGCAUGGGCCCAGUCCAGUCAGUAACUCUUGUUCUUGAAACUUUUAGGCCUUACUUCUGUGUACAGUAUGAAGUCUUGGAAGCUGCUCAGCUGGCUAUAGAGACCAUGAAUGGCAUUCUGGUAGAAGGUUCUUACAUCAAGGUGCGCAGGCCUGUGACAGAAUUCACUCUUGAGUGUGACACCCUUGUGCAUGAGCUAGAGCAAGAUUGUGAAAACCAAGGUACUAUAUAUGUGACUGGAUUUGGCAAAGCUUUUAAAGAACACCUGUUGGAGCACUCCAGCCUCUUUCCUAGCCUGGAAGCCAUGAUACUGCCUAAAGAUGUUAAAAGCAGACAGCAAAAAAACUACUGUUUCUUGAAGUUCAAAUCCCGUGACAGUGCCCAGGUAGCCCUUGAAAUUCUCAAGGGCAAGGACUGGAAGUUGAAAGGCAGACAUGCCCUAACCCCCAUGCACCUUCAGACAUGGCUCAAGGACAUACAUCCUGAACCAGCAAUGCCUUCAGGACUUCAACUAGUACCACCGCUCUUGGAGAAGCAUGUCUUCCAGAUUGCGGAGGAGAACCACCCAAGGAUAGUUGCCUGGCGUUGCAACCGGAAGAUUGAAAAGCUCUAUCACUGCCUGAGCCCGGGCACCCUCUGCCUCAUCUUGAUGCCAGGAACCAACAAUGUUGAUUUUGGAUUGGAUGAACAUGCAUGAUUCCAGUUAAGUGGUAAGCAAGAAAUGUGGAUGAUUCGAAUGGAUGGCUGUUCUGCAAGUUCAGCUAAUUGGGUAAGCCAGGUUCUUGGGCACUCACCAGGCUAAGCUAGAGUAUAAGCUGUUUGCCUAAAGCUGGGCCUAAGUAUUAAGAAUAUGGCAGGCAGGUGAGAGGGUUCAAGAUACUUACCAGACUUGGCCAGGACACAGAAUGGCUAGGCAAUGAGGUUGGUGAUGGCACAAACAGGCAAGAGUCCUAGCAACUCAAAGACUGGGCCAGUGCACAGGAUGUUUUAUCUAGUCUAGUGUGGUAGGGGCAGGCAAGGGUCCAGGAUACUCACUGGACAUGGGAAUCUGUCAGACCCUUAAUAAGCAAGUUCUGUGGCAAGCAAAUACAUAGACUGGGUCAGGAUUAUUGGAGUCCUUAGAAGCACAAGCACAAUGCCUCUGUUUAAGCAAUUUACCAAGGACACACAACUAGUAAGUGCAACCAUCCUGUACUGAACCAUAAUGAUCGGACUCUAGAGCCAUUCAAAAAAAGACUUGCUAGACAGCAGGUUAACAAUUUGUGUUUUGCUAUUUUCUGCCUUUCUUGCAUCAAAGAGCUCCUUUAGCUCUUUAAAUCCAGUCCCAUGAAUAUUCUUCCAAGGUGACAGUGAACUACCAGGUAUCAAAUGACUCCUCAACUGUAAGCACUAUUCUAAUGACAAGCAUUGUUAAUAAGUAACAAAGCUUUUCAGAUGACACUACCCCAGUUUCUAAGGACUCUUAACCUGGCUGUUACUUGCUAGUAUGACUUAAACAAGUAAUGUCUGAGCCUGUUUCUCUGCUUGGAAAAUGGAUUGAAGACAUUUAUCACUGAGCUGCUUUUAAGGGUUAGCAGACAGGUAUUUUAAACUGCCCACACUUGGUAUGUAGAAAGUGCCCAGUGAGUGCUGGUUAUUACUGUACUUCUUUAAGCCUUAGUGGCAUAGUAACUUGCACGUUUUAGGGUUAAGAAAAAGUGAGGCUUACUGGAAAUGUGUCAUCUGUCUCUUAAGCAGCAGAGCUAGGACUUGAAUCAGGCUUCUUCACUGAGCCCACUCCAGCAGGCAGCUUUCCAUAAACCUUCCUCUUAGUGUAUUGUACACACCUGCUUAAAAACGUACUCUAUCCUAGGAGCAUAGAGCCAUUCAUUUAGCCAUUUAGAUAAAACUAUGUCUUUGUUUUUUAUUUAUUGCAGCACUUUUGGAUUACACCCUGGCCUAGGACUGAUGAAAAUAAAAGAGGAAGAGGAAAGUGACCCCCCGGGCCUGGGAGUGUGAAUCUCCCCACACUUUCCAAGUAUCCCUUCACAUAUAGAUAAUGUGACUAGGCUACAGCCCCUUCAAGACGAUGGCAAGUCUUUCCAUCUAGCAGACACCUUUGUUAAAAAGUUGGAAUACCAGCCAAAGUAUUGUCAUGUGCAAAAUUUCAAUAAAUGCCUAAAACUCAAAAUAUUUCCUCCUCUU